AUGGCUUCACUCAUUGAACUCGAGCAUCAGGAGCAGGAACUUCAGUUUUCUACUUUUAACUCUGAUGUCGCUUGGGACCUCGGUGUUAUCUGUCGUGGAUUAGCACAGAAGCAUCAGAAGCCUGUCGUCAUUCACAUAGCUUCGUCGAACUCGGGCCAGCUCCUUUUCCACGCAUGCUCCCGCCCGGGAACAACCCCAGACAACGCUUUCUGGGUUAAACGGAAGCAAGCCACAGUAUUCCGUUUUGGGUGUUCAUCAUACUACAUGAAGAAAAAGAUGGACUCAUCCCUAGUGGCGUUCGAAACAAAAUAUGCAUUGAGUGAGGGGGAUUAUGCUGCAAAUGGCGGGGGGUUCCCAAUUAGAGUCAAGGGCGUUGAGGGCACUGUUGCGGUGGUUGUUAUCAGUGGAUUAUCUCAGGAAGAGGACCAUGAGCUUGCUGUAGAGGGAAUACGUCAAUAUCUACAGGGGACGAAGGGAUAG